CAACAUCAAUAAUGAUACCAUUAACGGCGAGCUUGCACAACCUGAUAAGUCUACAGCCCUUCACAACCUAUUUAUAAGCAUGAAGCACUCAAUCUCAGAUAUCAACACUGUGCAGCAAUCACGAUGUACCAAUCACAUUUCGAAGCGUCGCAAACUAAGACCUGUCAACCCCGAGACGCGCCGUACAUCUCCGCCCCAUUCGAAUCCACCGAAAGUAUCAAACCCAGCGUCACAAUCAUUACAUGCAUCCUCAGAAUCAUUUGUACGCACCGAAGACGCGCCUAAGAAUACACAUCAGUCUGUGUCAGAUGAACCAGAUGAGAAAGCAGCGUCAAUAGCACAUUGGAUCAUAAGCUGCGAGGCUGACACGAUGGCACCACCAACACCACGAAGCGGAUCUGUUUCGUCCAGCCGUGGAAGACGCUCCUCUAAGCGCUCUGCACGUGCAUCUCGAACGCCCAGCCCUAACAAGCGAACGUCACCACAAACGUACCGUAACCAGAAUAUGUCCUACGCUGGAGUUCUUAUUGACGACCUGAUUGAACUUCCGCACGAUGUCGAACGCAAAGUGCGGUAUAUACUAGAAGCAGAGACUUUAGAGGAUAUAAUCGGCACGACGAAAGACGAUCCGCAGCAGGAAACCUAUGUAAAAAGGUUCUUAGAUCAGUCACGUUAUAACGCAAGAAGUUGUUCGCUUGAAGGGGACUGGAAAGCCAGUUUGUUCAGCCUUAUGGGCGACUUAGCACGAGACAACUUCCAAUGUCAUACGUCAGAAAAGCUCUGGAAUGCCGACCUCAAGCCCUCGCCGCCUGGCAUGGCCCAACUCGACGAUGAAAGCGACGCGUCAACACCGCGCUUUCCGCAGCUGCAAUCUGUGCUCCCCAACUUCGAUUCGCAAUCAGCUUCUGGGUUUCCAGGGCCGGUGCCUUCAUUACAACCAUACACACCUUCCAUCGCUUACACGACCAGCAGCGAAGCUGCUGACCCGUUUUACAUCUCAACACCAAAGCCGGACAUUGUAGUAGGGCUUGAAGAUAGGGAUUUUGAGCCAACCUAUCGGGUUCGGUUGGCCAAACACCAAAGGUUUGGAUCGAUACUGAGCGACCCGCAUACGGCUGCCAUGGGCUUGCGUUUUCCGUUUCUAAUUGCAGAGACGAAGGGUUUGAGCCUGAAUGGGGGUCUGGUGGCGGCGCAGAAUCAAGCAGCUAUUGGUGCCGCUUGUAUGCUAAGAAUACUGGAUGACCUUGAGAAUCAGGCCGCACUGCCCACAGAAUCCGCGCCUCCAGCAGAACCACGGCUCUGUUUCUCUAUUACGACCGAGGGUCCAAUACAUGAGCUGUGGGUGCAUUUCAAACUUGGAGAGGUGACUCAUAUGCACAAUAUUAGGACAUGGCGCACAACGCACCCACCUCAUGUGCGGGAGCUAGUGUCCUGCCUCACACGAAUUUUGAAGUGGGCGAAAGAUGAUUUUAUGGUGAAAAUACGGGAGAAGUUGAAUGCAGUACCAGAUUGAAUAACUAUUAGCUGCUAGUGUCUAGCCUUGACUCUUUUUCGUUUGAAUCUCUGAUAUUAUGGGUGGCACUACAUCGUACGUCUUCUUUCCCUCUUCUGAGCUUAUAAAGUAGGCGAUUUUAACGCAAGGUGAGUCUUUGCUAUGUUUAUGAGCUCACACCACUGAAGAUGCACUUAAAUAGCUGCUCUACAGCUUAGCAGCAACAAUUUUCCAAAUACACUAAGUCCAACUACUGCGCCUGAAGCUUAGUAUCACAGCUCUGCCAGACUAGAAACUCAACAUAACUAUUGUGCUUAUCUCAACUCAUGCUUCUUGUAAAGUUCCUCCGACAUAAAAAAACUAAAU